AUGACAUCCAACACAAUGAGCGAACAAACCCGCGUACCCAAAUACAUGCAAGCCCUCCAUCUCCCAUCCUCUUUCACCAACAAAGCCACAUUAGGAGGUCCAUCUUCCCUAAAAUACGAAACUGAGCGCCCCGUGCCUAGACCAGGGACAAAUCAAUACCUGAUCAAAGUCCGCACAGUCUGCGUAUCAAUCGAUGAGCUCCAGCAAACCUAUACUUCUUCCGCGAGCGGGCAGGGAAGUGGAAGUAACAGGGAUAGCGCUAUGUUUCUCGAAAGACCGACGGCAGACGGGAUUGAUAAGAUACAUGGCCUUAUCCCCGGAAGAGAGUUUUGUGGUGAAGUCAUAAGUACCCCCCGCGAAGAUCAUGCCAGUUCCACCGGUCCGGCAUUCAAAGUAGGCGACGAAGUAAUCGGUGUAUUGGGUAAUAUCGAAGGUCGCGACGGUGCAGCAGCGGAUUAUACGCUCGCCACAGAGAAUGAAUUGGCAUACAAACCCGCCAAUCUUUCCGCUGCAGAGGCAGUCACAAUCCCCCACGCGGCGCUUAUUGCAUGGCAAGGGUUGUUUGGAUAUGCGACACUUGAUCCUGAUGAUGGGCCAUGUAAUAAGCCGGCAGAUGGGCCCUUGAGGGUUCUUGUGACGAAUGCCGCGCAGUCGGAUGUGGGAAGGUAUGUAAUGUUGUUGCUGAAGUGUCAGGCGUUGUUCCCGCAUCAUGUAAUGGGUCUUAUGGGCGGUGCUGGAUUGGGGGAGUUAGAGAGAUCGACUUGGGUUGUUGCUACGGGUAAGAAGGAUGAGCAUGAGUACUUACUCAAGGAGCUGGGUGCGGAUGAGGUUACGGCCUCGACGGAUAUAGCCGCUGCGUUUCGGGAAAAGGGGUGGAAACCGGUUGAUAUUGUCUUUGAUUGCGUGGGUGCUGGUGGAGGAUUGUUUCGAGAGGUUCAUUCUCCGGUUGUAGUCAAGGAUCAUGGACAUGUCUUGACUCCUCGACGGCCGCAAUCGGGACAUCCGGAGAAACCGUCUGAGUGGGAUCAGAGGACGGAAGUCAUGACGAGGAAUUUGACCAGUGAGGUUAUUGAUGUGAAGCCGAAUAAGACGCAAUUGGGCAAGAUUGUGCAGUUGGUUGAGAAGGGCGUUUUGAAGCCCGAUGUGUCGUAUCAGAUAGAGGAUCUGUUGCGUGGACAACAGGCGUUGGUUUAUGCUGAAAAGGCUGGGGAACAAAAGGUUGUGUUGCGAGUUGAUCCAGCUGGAAAAUUCAAUAUGAAGUACUCCGACAACAAUAUGAGCAAAAUACAUGUCCAUCGAAGAGAAAAUGAAAUGUAG